AGCUGGUGGUGGUGCGGGAAGGUGUGAGUGGUGGUGAGCGUGACAGAGCUGUGGUGACGAGCUCCGCGGUGGUGCUGUAAUCAGAGUCGUUAAAUGUUCGCCAAGUAAAUGGAAAACGGAUAAUCAUUUUAUGUGUUUGUGACUCAAGGAAUGUAAACAGCGAGGAAAGAGAACCAAUUAGAGCGACUGGACCAAAGAAGACGAUUCCGUACCCAUAAACCUCAAUAGAAGGAUUUGAUGUUCCUAAACCCAAGAAAGAGUUUGACAAUCUUCAACCUAAAAUAAUCUGAUGCUCACGCGACUGAUAAAAAGACUGGAUGCUGUUGAACUUCAAAUAAAAGGUGAUAGGAAGGUGACGAGUGACCUGCAAACAGAAGGGAGCCGUUUGUGGCGCAGUGGCGGCGACGAAGGGCACGACGGAACGACAACGUGGGGAUAAAGAGUCCGAUGCGGCGUGUGGAGGGCGAGCGGCUGACUCGGAGUGGCCCAGUGAGUCGUGAGUCGUGAGCGUGAGUCAUGCUGCACCACCCGCGGCCCGUCAGGCCCCGCGGCGGCCUUGCGGGACGGUCGCCCUUCCAGGAAUUUGACAGCAUCGCAGAGGCGGCGCGGCAGCCCGAGGAGCCGCCGGGCACGCCGCCCAGCAAGGCGCGGCUGUCGGGCGGCAAGACGGCCAAGGCCAAGGUGAAGGCCAAGGCGAAGGGGAAGACCAAGUCCAAGAAGGGCAGCUUCGGCCACACGGACAGCGCCUGGCAGUACACGGUGGUGGCGGCGCCGCCCCGGGACGCCGCCGCGGGGACAGGCGCCGCCUCCUUCCCUGACCCCAAGGGCCAUGAGGGGCAGGCGCCCCCCGGCCACCCCAAGGCCUCCCGGGGCACCUCCCAGCAGGGGCAGCACAGUGACGCCCUCAGGCGGAGGCGCGACGCACACCAGCGGCCCCUCACCUCUUGGAGGAGCCUGUCGGCCCUGCAGGCGGGACCCGCGGCGGCGCCCGCCCGCCCGCACCACUGGUCGCCGUCACCCGAGAGGCGGAAGUCCGUGAGCUUCGAGGAGCCGCUAGAGAUCCUGAGGUACUCGCCGGAGGACCCGCGCGAGUCGCCGCGGCCGAAAGGACUCGUCAACAAGACGCUCAUGAAGUCCCUGACGAAGAACUUCAACAAGAAGCCGACGGCUCAGCCCCCAGGCGUGGGCGGGGGCGGCGGGGACAAGCCCGGGGCGGGCGCUGCGCCGCCUCUGCACUUCCUCAAGAGGAGCAAGUCUGGCCACGCCACGCCGGACGCGGGCUCGGUCUCGUCGGUGACCUUCGUCAAGAAGAAGAAAGGCGACUUUGACAGGGACAAGGACAAGGAGGGAUCCGUCAGGUCGGGCGGCAGCCAUCUGUCCGAGCACCUGGGCAGGCUGAAGGUGAACCUGCAGCUCCGCCGCAGCCAGGCCGCAGCCGAGCCCGUCAUGACCGGCUUCGUGCGGGACAGCAGCGAGUUCCUGUCCCCGAGGAAGGGGGCUGGCGAGGGCGACACCAUCUCGCUGGCCAGCUACACCAGCAUCGAGUCGUCCGCCUCGGCCGCCGCCGCCUCCUCCCGGCACCGGCCCAGCAAGCACUUCAAGAAGAAGAAGCACCAGCCGGAGGCGGCCGGCCUGGGCCCCGACGACCUGCGGCUGCGUCCCCCGCCCAAGGCCGCCAAGCCGUCGGGCCCCGUGCGCGCCCUGAAGAACAUGCUGGGGAAGCACUCCCGCAGCACCAUGGACCUCAGCGCCCUGGAGCGGGCCAGCGUAACGGGCGUCUCGCGGAGCUACGACGACAUCCUCAAGGAGAACAACUUCCCGACACAGCAAGAGUUCGCCGCCGACGCGCGCCUCGCGACGCUCAGCCGAGACGCUGUCGAGCCGGGCGACUUUGACGACGACGCCGAGUACUACCGCGAGUUUCACCGCUACUACGACGGCGAGGCCCAGCCGGGGGGCCCGCGCCCGCCCGCCACGCCCGCCGCGCCCACCCCACCCACCACGCCUGUCAGGAGCCCGUCUAGGGGCGAGGAGCCCACCGAGGCUGCGGGGAGCAGGGAGGGGAGCGGGAAGGGCACCACGCCCUCGCCUCCCCCGGCCGGCGACUCUUCCGUCAAGAGAAUCGUGUUCAAAUACGAGCGGCUGAGCCCCACGGGGCGGCACCCCGCCAGGCCCCGCCUCGCCCCCGCCGCCUCCUUCCCGCCGCCAGUGUCGGCCCCCGACACGCACCACGAGGCCAGAGCCACCAAGUCGACGCCCUCGUCAAGCAGUUACGUCACAACGACCCGCACCACGACGACGAGGACGACACGCCAGGAGGCGGCAGCGGGCGGCGGGCUGGUGGCGGUGACGGAAAAACAACCGAAGGCAACGCCCCGGAGCUCCGUGCCGCCCGGCGAGGAUCUGGAGGAGGUAAGCGCGGCAAGGCUCGCGGCGCUGAGGCGGGAGCCACUGCGAGAGGCGCCGCUGCUGCCCUCCGCCAAGAGGGCCGAGAGGACUGUCAAGACGAGGGACUACGAGAACGUGUACGUGGCCUCGCGAGGCGUCCACGGCGAGCGCCGCGGCGACGCCCUCGCUGGUCAAGGCCGCCGCGGGAGCGUGUCCCCACCGUCGUCGCCGCCGCCGCCGCCGCCCCGGGACAAAGACAACAGGCAGACGGUGGUGAGGUUCGCGUCUGUGGAGAGCACGCCGAGGGAAAGCGGCAGGACGGUGGUCACGGAGACACACUUCAGCAAGUGCCACGCCUGGACGGGGCGAGGACAGGAACCCGUCCGCCCGAGGACAGCCUCCACGCCCGCCUCCAUGGCCUUCGUCACCUCCAAGAGGUCGGAGGGUCCGGCAGGCGGUCUGAGCGUCCCCGCCGUGGUGAUCACGAGGGAGGAGAGGACGACCGUGGACUCGUCUGGGCCCGUCGUAAGGUCGAGGCAGAAAACGACGCAGACGGAGACCAGCGGCAGCCUGACGGGCUCUCCCGUCCACCCGCCGGUGCAGGCCACGCUCAGCGGCAGCUCCACCGAGGACUCGGGCUUCCUGUCAUCCCUGCACCGCCUCGUCAGGAAGACCACGAGCUCCAGCUCCGCGGAGGACCCGCAGCCGAGCUUCAAGGAGAGGCUCGCCAAGCGGCUGUCCAGCGUCAGCUCCGAUGACCGUGAGGCGCAGGACGUCAGCCCCGGCAAAAAGAAGACGCCGCCGGAGAGGCCGCCGCCGCCCCGGCUGGUGUGCGACAAGUUCAACUCCUACGGCCGCUACCUGGCCGCCGACGACCCGCCCCUCACGCCGCCGUCCCCGCCGCCGCCCAAGCCCCCGAGGCUGUUCCAGAUUCUCUCGGGGUAUCGGCGGCCCGUGGGCGGCGAGGAGAAGCUGGCGGGCGGCAGCAGCCUCGCCCACUCCCCCAACAACUACCGCCGCUACUCCCUCGUGGACAGCGACCUGGAGAUCAUAUGCUCCGACCCCAGCCACCGCCACGACCACCAAGCCGAGGGGGACUCCGACCCCGAGCCGCCGCCCCAAGAGGCCCUCUACACCUACACCAAGUUCCCGCUGGAGGGCCACAGCGACAACGACUCCCUGGAAUACCCCGCGUCCCCCGACGAGGACGAGGACUCGCUGUCCCUGGGCGGCGUGCUGGUGGCGCAGCUUACGCCGCCCACGCCGCGCCGCCCCCCGUCCAUCACCCCGCCGCCUCCCCCGCCCCCCGACACGCCGCCGCCGCCGCCUCCCAUCCACUCCAACAGCGAAAUGUCGGAGGACGAGGAGGAGAACAAAGCGGUGAUGACACGGAGGAAGGAACAGCAGGAGGGUGGCAGGAGUAAGGAGGACGUGGAGGAGACACACAACCCCCGCACGCCUUGUCUUCCUCUCUCCGCCUUCCGCGAGCUGGCGCCGACCCCCGCCAGCGAGUACGACGUGUGCGGCACCUGCAGCGGCCACUCCUCGUGGUCGUUUGGCACUGACGAGAUGCUGCUGGCGAGGGGCGCGCACGACUCCUGCACGUCCCCCUUGUCUUUGGAGGACACGGCCGGCGGGAGGGACGACGAGAGGCUUGAAUUACGACCACGAAGUCCAGAGAAGAAAACAGUCGCCACAGCGACAAGCACCACGACACUCACGACCACCACGACGACCACGACGAAGAGACACACGCUGAGGGAGUCCCCCAGGCCGAGGGUGAGGGUCCAGGCUGUGCUCACCCGCCAGGCCGCCACCCGAGGCCCUUCACCUGACGAGGAGGACGAGGGCGAAGGAAGGGCGUCGCAGAGCUUCGGCGGAGGCGAUGCAAAGGUGGAGAAGGAAGUUAAGGCGACGACGGAGGUUGUGAGGCAGGACUCCCCGGUGCCCACGGUGACCCGGCGCGCCCACUGCUCCUACGAGAAAAACGUGAAGGCCGCGCCGCGCAGGACCGAUGGCCGGUUCAGUGGUCUCGCUGCGAGGCACAACUACAAGACCCUCAGCCGAUCCCUCGAGGACAGCUUGGCUUCUGAGUCUGUCUUCAAGGGAGAGGACACGAGGCCGGCCAUCCCGAUGCGCCUCAGCAAGUGGAAGAGCCUCGAGUUUAAAGGCAUCGAGGGCGAGGACGGCGAGGGCGCGGCGGAGGAAGGGAGAGAGAGGAGCAAAAGCAUCAGCAGCCUCAGCAUCGAGUCCUCGCAGAGGUCGGUGAAGGGGAAGCCAAAGGGCGUGGUCUUGGAGGACAACUUCGUGGAGAACUUGAUCAAGCGGGCGUCCGAGAUGAAGGCGGCGGUGGCGGAGGCUGCGGAGGGUGCCCAGGACGCGGGAAAGGAGCCAUCGGCCACGAUCACGGUAUCAAAAACAAGCAAGGAGGUGACGAAGACCCACUUGGAGACGCCGAGACCCGACCCAACGCCCCGCACCACCCUCAGAGGCGCCCCGUCGCCCGUGCCCCUGCCGAGAAUCAGCACCGUUGAGCCCCGGCCGCUACCCACGCCGCGGCAGACCAAACCCUCGUCGGCGCCGCCCUCCCGCCCCUCCUCGGCCACGUCCUCCGCCUCUGAGCGACCCCUCGUCAACGUGUUCUUCGAGAAGCUUCUGGAGAGCCAGGGUCGAAGUAGCAGGACCUCCUCGCCGCGUGUCGCCUCCCCGUUCCCUCGCUCGGGGCUCCAGUCACCCAAGGACGCCGCGAAGUACGACACUGACGGCGUGGAGGACGUCCGCAGCUGGAAGAUGAAGACUUCCCUCGACUCUUCCACGUUCAGCGACUCGCCGUCCAUCUGCGAGUCCUACAAGAGCGAGUCGUUCCUUUCCUCGCAUCCACGACCGCUCACGUCGCCGACCAGACCCGAACACGACCUCCGCCGGUCCGUUAGCUGCGACAGGCUGCCCCCGACUUUCGCGUCCUUUCCCGAGCCACGCCCACGCCCACGCCUACACACACGCCCACCCCUCCCCCGCUCCGACGCCCAUGUCCUCUCCAGCGACGAGGACUUGCUUGGGGCGGACGGGACGGCGAGGGCGCGAGGGCAGGAGGGCGUGUGGGUCAGAUGGGCCUCGGAGUCCACCCUGGCCAACCCUGCAGGACCCCCCCGCCCCCCCCGCACCCCCCGGGGAGACACGGGCUACACAGGCGACACGGAGGAUGACGAGAAGACGCGGCCGCAGCUGACGGAGAAGGAGCGGUGUCUGGUGCGGCGGAACUCCUCGCUCAACACGCAGCUCUCUCGUCUCCAGAUCCACUGCAAGACACUCUCCUCAGAAAACGACAACCUGAAAAACAAGAUGGAGGUGGAGUUGGAGGCGCCCUUGCACGUCCGGGAGCGGAGUAGGAAGAAGGAGAGGGAGGUGCAGCUUCUGAAGAGGAAGAACACGGAGCUGGCCACCAUCACGAGGAAGCUGGAGGAGAAGGUGAAGAGUCUGGAGAAGAAGACGAAGGAGUCCCCCACCACGGAGCGAAGGAACCUGCUGGUGGCGCGGCAGCGGGAGAAGGAGGCGCUGUACGAGAGGCAGCUGCAGGAGCGGGACAAGGAGAUACAGAGACUAAAGUACAGGAUGAAGGAACUCGUGAGGAAGCUGACGGGCAAGAACGGAGAGAUCACAAGAGCCCAGAGCACCUUAGAACUGGAGCAGAUCAUAAGGACGGUCACUAAGGAGAGGCUGCAGCUUGAGAGACAUCUGGCGGCAGCGAGCGAGGGUCUGUCGCGCGGGGGUGCUGGUGAGGGCGACGUUGGCCGGUUGGCGUCGCUGGAGGAGACCAACAGCACCCUGAGGCAGCAGCUGGAGGACCUGGAAAUCCUGACGCGCCAACACCACACCCUCCAGCGGCACGUGCAGGAGAAGGACCUCGAGUGUGUCACCCUCAAGGAGAAGCUCAAGCUCAAGAACGAGCUCUGCCAGGACCUGGAGAAAGGUCGUCUCCCACCCCAGAAGGAGUGUCAGCUCGCGCGUGUGAUCGAGAAGAACACAGAACUGACGAUACAGAACUCGGACCUACAGAAACAGAUCCAGGAGCUGCAACAUGUGAGCGAGGAGUGCCGCAGCCUCAAGCACAGCCUCACGCAGGUGGAGGACGACUGGUCACACUCCAAACUUCAGGUCGGGAGCCUCAGCGCGAAAGUCGGCAACCUGGAUUCCGUACUUCGGUUUGAGGAUGUUUACGGCCUGGCUGACGCCCCACGAGCCCGGGGGGGCAGCUCGCUCGAGACGGUGCUUAUUCAAAUGAAAGAUGCUGCCGACAAGCGGCGAGAGUUGGAGCGGCAGCAUGCCGAGGCGUUGGCGCAGCUUCGGGAGCAGCAGGCGGACCUGGCCGACUCCUCCCGGGUCACCGACAAGAACAGGAAGGCGUCCGUCGAGGUGGUGGAGGCCCUGCAGUCAAAGAUCCGUGAGCUGGAGAAGAAGGCGGAAGUACAAAACCUUCGCCACGAGGAGCUGCUGCUGGAGAUGCAGAGCUUGAAGAAGGCCCAAGGCUCACCCAAGAACUCAUGGUCACGCUCGGGCUCCCUCAGCGCCGACCUACAGAGCCCAGACUCCGGGGACAUCACUCCGGAUUCGAGUCAAAUUUUGUCGAACGGUAGCACCGCGGGGUCCACGCCCGUGCCGUACGCCGGGCUGGGCCUCAGCCUGCCGCACAGCCUGGACGUGCUGGGCCUGGCCGACCUGACCCACCCCCCCCUCUCCACGUCGCCGUACGCUGGCCAAUCAGGUCAGGGCUGGCGCGGGGAGCGCGCUCAUUGGGCGUCCUUCCGCUCGUCCCUCUCCCCUUCGAGGAGGCUGUACAAGAGCCUCAACUCCCUCAACUCCAUCUCGUCGGGCGUGUACACCAACACCACGGGCGGCUCCAGCUUCAUCACGGGCUCCAGCGGCUUCACGGGGAGCUCGCCGCUGCCGGGCACGGGCGGCGGCACGGAGAACGCCUCGUCGGAGAUCGACCGCAUCAUGGCGAAGAUCGAGCAGGACAACAAGAUCCUCGCGGAGCUGGACAAGUCACGCUCCACGCUAGGUCCCCACCUUGGGAAGCACGUGCACUUCCUGGACGGCCGGGCCCACGGCGCGCACGUGGCUGGUGCCCUUGCUGGAGGCGGGGCGGGGCGCAGCCAGGGCCACCACGGGGCGGGCCACGCCCCUGCCUCUGGUCACCACAAGCAGCAGGGCCACAGGCAGGGGUCGGCCCGGCCUCAUGGCGGCCCGGGCUCCCAGCAGCAGCCCCUCCCCCAGCACCACCACCACCACCACCACCACCGCCCAGGCGCGCCCCAGAUGACGCCCCAGCAGCGGGUCCUCCCCCAGCAGCCGCCGCAGCACCAUCAGCGCGGCGUCGGGGGCGUCACCUCGUCCUCCUCGUCCGCCAUGUCCCGUAUCAAAAAUUUUCUGACGGUUCCGAAGCCCCAGUUUGGCCGGCCGGUGCUGAACAGGCUGUCCUCCUCCACCUCCUCCUCCUCCGGCGUGGCCUCCCUCAAGACCAGCGACGCCUUCUCCUCCUUCGGGCUGUCCGGCCUCACACCCUCGUCGCUGAUGGGCGGGCUGGGUGGCGCCACCACCACCACCGUCACUGCCCUCGACCUUUCUAAUCCCAUCGUGAACCCGCUCGGCCACAACCCCGCCUUCUCCAACAACCCGCUGAGCUUCGUGGACCAGUCCCUCGCCCACCUGGACCCCGCGGGACUCAGCUUCCCGCCCCACGCCACCUCAGGGCUCGGACUCAACUCCCUCGCCUCCCUCAACCUCUUCAGCGGCGCCUCCACCACGGCGGGCCUUAACCUCGCCGGCACCAACCCCCUCAGCUCCGUCACCCUCCCGACGUCUCUGGGCCUGAUGGGCGGCUCCGGGCUUCUCGGCGGCGGCGGCGGCAUCAGCAACCCUGUCUUCCCCUCCGUCAACCACCCGCUGCCCACCAUCAUCACCACCAGUUAUGAUAAAGACGACAAGAACCUCGUGAACGGCAACCUCCCCGGCGUGAUGCUGCCGCCCUACGAGACUGACAACAGAGUCCUGGACGUCCUCGAGAUUCCCGGGAAGGGCAGGUGUCACGUCUACAUAGCCAGGUACUCGUAUGACCCCUUCCAACACUCCCCCAACGAGAACCCGGAGGCGGAGCUGGCGGUGAACGCGGGCGACUACGUGUUGGUGUGGGGCGCCAUGGACGAGGACGGGUUCUUUGACGGGGAGCUGCUGGACGGACGCAGAGGGCUCGUCCCGUCCAACUUCGUGGAGAAACUCGUCGGCGAAGACCUCGUGGAGUUCCAUCAGUCGGUCGUGAUGGGGCUGAGGGACGACGACGAGCCGGUGUCCACGUCCGUUCCGUCUGACCUCAACUUCAUCUCCCAGGACGAGUCGCACAUGUUGAUUGAUUCGAAGGCGCCGGUAAACCUUAUGAAAAACAUCUUCAGCGGGGUUCAAGGGCUUUUCGGGCCCGGCAGAAAGGGGGACGUGACCCCGGCCCUCACCCCGGGCUUCCUGGGGUCCACGCCGGGGCAGACGCUGCACCCCAAGGGCCCCCUGCCUCCCCAUUCUGGCCAGGGGCAGGGGCUCCUCCACCCCUUCGGCUCCCUCAACCCCCUGGCCAGUCUGUCGGGGCUCAAGAGUCCGGCCCUGCACGACGCCCACUCGAACAUGGUCACGAAUCAGAGUCGCCACAACGCCUACCUGAGCCAUCUCGACCUGGAGGACAUCAUCGAGGAGGACGAGGAGACGCUGGGCGAGCAUGACCUCUUCUUCUCGGUGCUAGUCCCUCCGCCGGUCCAGCUCACCCUCGAACGACAGCUUAACAAGAGCAUUCUCAUCGGCUGGAACCCCCCGCCCGACGCCGCGCCGGGCUCCAUCGACUCCUACCAUGUCUACGUCAACGGCCUCCUCAAGACAACCGUGCGGGCCACAGAGAGGACGCGCGCGCUGGUGGAGGGCGUAGACUCGACCAAGCUUCACCGGAUCAGCGUUCGCUCCGUCACGCCCAACCGCCGCACCUCGAGGGACGCCGCCUGCACCAUGGUCAUUGGCAAGGAGGCGCCGCUGGGCCCCACGAGCGUCAAGGCCACCUCCAUCACCUCCACCUCGGCCGUCAUCUCCUGGCUGCCCUCAAACUCAAACUUCCAGCACACCGUCUGCGUCAACAACGUGGAGGUGCGCACCGUCAAGCCGGGCGUCUACCGCCACACGAUUACCGGUCUGUCCCCCAACACCACCUACAGAGUCACCAUUCGCGCCAAGAACCUCCGGGCGCCGCAGUUCGAUGGCAAGACUUCCCGAGGCCAGGAACGUCUGUCCACGACCAUCGAGUUCCGAACACUGCCAAAGGGGACUCAGUAUAAUCGGCUGAGCACGAGGGUGGAUGGGUCAGUAGCUAGCAGGGUAUGGGAGGAGGAGGACGCGUGUCAGUUGUCCGAGGUGCCCUAUGGUGACUCUCCCUCUCUGUGUUCCAUGCCCUGCCAAGGUUGGAGAGGACUCCCGGAUCCCCCAGUGGACGUGCAAGUCGAGGCGGGCCCCCAGGACGGCUCCCUACUGGUGACCUGGCUGCCCGUGACCAUCAACAGCACGGGCGGAACUUCUAACGGGGCACCGGUCACGGGCUACGCUGUCUACGCGGACGGGAAGAAGGUGACGGAGGUUGAAAGCCCGACAGGUGACCACGCCCUCAUCGACCUGACCAAGAUCCCCGGGUUCGAGCCCAAGCAGGUCACGGUCCGCACCAAAAGUCGGGACAGCGUGUCGGGUGAUUCGGUGCCCAGCCAGAUUCCGACGCACUUCUCCCGGGGGCGCGGUCGGGGCAAGCAGGAGCAGGACGAAGACUUGCUCACCUCAGACCUUGACAGGCCCUCAGAGCUCUCCGAUAUUGCCGAGGAGAGCGAGACGGACCUGACAGACGAGGACAUGCACGCCGACGGCCACAAGCCGGGGCAGCACCCCGCGGGGCCCCACCACGGUCCGGGGCAGCGCGGGGCCCAGCACAGCCAGGGCAGCCUGCGGGACCGGCUGCUGGGCCGCGUGCGGGGCGACCCUGAGCAGACCAUCCUGGAGCACGAGGACGGCGUGGGCGACGGCUACGGGGGGCCGGCGCAGGGCCAGCAGGGGGGGCCGCACGCCCCCAUCCCCGCCAUAGGCACCACCAGGAGUGGCUUGGCCAGACUCUCAAACUCUUUAUUCAAUACCAUAGGGCAGUUAAAAGGCAAAGGCGCCUCCAGACCGAGACAGAUCACCAAGGACGAGCCGCACGGAGGCCUCGACACCUACAAGGACGACGAGUACGACACCGGACCGGGCGGCAGGGGGCGGGACCCUCGCGCACCCCCUCCGAGGUCACACAUGGAGCGUGGGCGACCUCCUCCCCCUCCCCAGCAGCACCGACCCCCGCCCAGGGACCCCAGAGACCCCAGAGACCCCAGGGAUAUGAGAGACCCGCGGGACAUGCACUAUGGAAGGGACCCACGUGAUAUGAGGGACCGACGAGACCCACACAUGCGAGACCAACAUGGCCCACGAGACCCCCGUGACCCCAGAGACCGCUACGACCACCGCGGCGGGGACUACGGGCGUGAGUUCGGGGGGCGUGAGGGCGGCAGAGGGCGUGGUGGACCCGGGGAGCAGCAGACGAGGUUGUUUGUGGCGCUGUUCAACUACGACCCUCCCACCAUGAGCCCGAACCCGGAUGCCUGUGACGAGGAACUUGGCUUCAGCGAGAGUCAGCUGAUCAAGGUCUACGGCGAUAAGGACCCCGACGGCUUCUACUGGGGCGAGGCGGGGGGACAGUUCGGCUACGUCCCCUGCAACAUGGUCUCCGAAGUGCAGGUGGAUGACGAACGCGUGGCCAUGGAGCUACUGAAGGAGAGUGAGAGUGGGAGGCGCAGAAGGGACGGGUCGGUGGGUCGGCGCGCGGGUCAGCACCAAGGCGACCGCUGGGGGGACAUCUACGCCAACAUGACCGUCAGGAAGAUGGUCGCCCUCUACGACUACGACCCUCAGGAACUGUCUCCCAACGUGGACUCUGAGGUCGAGCUCUCCUUCAAAACUGGGGACAUCAUCAACGUCUUCGGGGACAUGGAUGACGACGGGUUCUUCAUGGGCGAGCUGCGGGGACAACGGGGACUCGUGCCCUCUAACUUCCUGCAGGACGCCCCGCAGGACUACCCCGACGACCACAGGUCCCGGCGCGACACCCUUGACCCCCGGGACCGUGGCGGGCCCCUGGGUCCUCCGGGGCGGGGGCCGGGGCCGGGCGCUCACGGGCCCCCGCCGCCUCCCCGCCCCGACCAACGCGAUCGCCGGAAAGACGGGACGGAGGGUCAGCCUGGCACAGGGGGAGACACUUCUGCUGUAAAAGACUCCGUUUUGGGAUUCUUAAGCAGCUUAUUUCCCGGUUCACUCGUGCAACCCAACGCUACAGCAACCACAACCACAACUAACACAACCACUACUACUUCAACAUCUACUACUACUGCUACUACUUCCACUACCACUACAACCAACAGCACCUUCGUUUCUGCCACUAACCCCGGAGCUACCAAUACAACCUCUGCUGCUGUAUUGACGAAGCAGCAUACGGUUAAUCCUACGUCUACUGCUGCGACUUCUGCUGCUCAAGGCAAUCGUGCAGCAGCGGUAGAAAGUGCGGUCAGAACUAGUGGCUCCGAGGCCGCGAACGUAAGGAAGGCCGAGGAGGAGAAGGCAGAUGUCAAAGAGGCGCCAAAGGGGGGCUUUUUCAGUAAUAUUAUGAGCGCCACGAAGGCCUCAAUCACCAAGGCUACGAGUGUGGUGUCAAAAGGCCCCAUGGACACUACCAAUCCCGGCGAGGAUACGAGGGCCUCACAGGGGGCCCAGGGGGACCCCCACCACCUCGAGCACGGGUCCAGCAGCUCCGCGGCGGAGAGAGGUGGUAGGUCGGUGUCGCGGGAGCGCGGCGUCGCCAAGCAGCCCUCCGCCUCCACCUCCGCCAGCCGCUCCAAGCUGAACGGCCUCGACCUGCUGGACGAGGACACGGAAGCCGCCCCGGCCAUCUCCUCCGCCGACAUCGACCAGCUCAUGGAAGACUUCGACCUGAACGACCCGCUGAUGGAGCCCGAACCCAAGCCCGCCGAGCCCGCGCCGCCCCCCAAAGAGGAGGUGAAGGAGGAGAAGCCGGGCGGCCUGGCAGGGGCGCUACCGGGAGGGCUGGGGGCGGGGCUGUCAGGGCUGCCCAACCCAAUGGGCGAGGGCAACCUGAUGGGCAAGCUGGGCGACCUGGCCGCGCAGAACCCCGUCACGGACGUCAUGUCCAUGGGCAAGAACUUCCUCUUCAAGAAGUUUGGACUAUGAGAGGCAGCCGCCCGCAGCCCCCCCGGCUUGGCCGCGGCGGGGUGAGGCCCGCGCCCUAUGAUGCCUUCCCCGCGCCUGCCGUGUGUGGCGGCGAGGCGCGUCGUCCCUCCCACGCCCCGCCCCGUCCCAGCCCCGACGCUCAAGACCCCCGGCGCCCCGCCCCGCACCGCGGCGGCGCGGCGGCCGGCAGCGAAGUGGCGUCGCAGCGGCGUCGCAGCGGCGGGUGACGGGAGCCGGAGCGGCGCGCCGCCCUCCUGCCGCCCUGAGCUGCCACAUCUAGUCAGGUCACCAGCAGCCUCAGGUCACCCCCGCCACGCCCACACACGUGAUGUCACCCCGCGGGCGUCACGCCUCCCCGUGACGCCUCUGUUACCAAAGACUGGUGUAUCCCUCACCCUCUUCCUCGCCUUCCUUCCCUUCGCCUCGGCCAUCGCCACACUCUCCCUCUCCACGAGCGUCAGUCUCCCGCGCCUCUCCUGCACAACUUUGUCUUGACCACAGAGAAGCAACCCAGCCAGGACACACACACCGCCAUGUUGUUUUGACACACACACACACACACACACACACACACACACACACACUCAGCCAUAACUGUUUGGUGCUACUAUUAUUGAGCAACAUUUUCUUAGCUUAGUUUUCUCAGCCACAAAACUGUCCAAAGAGCAACAUCGCGGGGCCACACGACUCACUCCUCGUUCCCUUCCUCCUUCUCGUCGUUGUUCUCUCCUCCCUCGUGCUCCUCCUCCUCCUCUCCUUCCCGUGUUCCUUCAUACAGCGAAGCAGCGUUCCUCUCCUCUCUAGGGUACACCUCAUCAUAAGAAUGGACCAAACCACUUGUAAGCUGCUUGUAAAUGUGUAAAAAACUUAUAUAAGGUAUACAUAUUAUAUACAUACACAUAACACGCUCGUCACCGAUUGAUACAUAUAUGAACGACCUUCCCUUGACCUUAACCCCACACCUUGAUUCCCUUACCCUGUCACCUUACUUGUACAACCCCGACCCUUCCCCCCUUACCCCUCUACCUCCAUCCCCCCACACCCAUAGCCCCCCCCACCCCCCACCCCACGAACACUAUAGAGUUAAUGCCUUCGUCUCCAUGAAGUGUCUAUGUCCUGUAGUGUUUCCAUUACUAGUGUUUUAUAAUGACGUGUAAUGAUGAUGAUGAUGAUGAUGAUGAUGGUGAGUGGUUAUCUCUGUACAGUUCACACCUGGCCCCCGUCACGUGGCCAGGUGUAGUGUUUACAAGUACACCUCCUAUACUAGCAUUUGUAACGUUUGCUGGCAACGUUUGCAGGACACACACCUCCCCCCGCGUGCCGUCUGUAACGUUUGCUGUACACGGUCGCCUCGGCUGUAACGUUGCCAGGGCUCAGCCACGUGGAGCUUGCAGCGUUGACGUGUGGCCAAAGGUUGUAACGUUUGUACUUACCUCCCCAUGUGGUCUCCCAAACGUUUACAGUCUUUCAAAUGUUUUAGUUCAUCUAUGUGGCCUCCCCAACGUUUUAUAUUUACCUACUUGGUCUCAAACGUUUGUAAUUCAUCCAAGUAGUCUUUCAAACGUUCAUUCACCCACGCGGUUUCUAAAACUUUUCUAUUUACUUACGUGAUGUCAAACGUUUGCGGAACAGCUCGUGAGGCUAGGCAACGUUUUUUUUUCUGUCAUGCGAUAACUCAAACGUUUGCAGAACACUCACGAGACUCUUGACACGUGUUUUAGAACAUCCACAUUAGGAGAGAGGUUUUCAGAACACUCCACGGAACUAAGUAUAACGCGUAAGUUUUCCUGGGAAGUUUUUCGAACGUCUAUAGAACAACUAUUUGACUCUGAAAUGUUGGCAGAACACGUACCGGGGCACCAACGUUGGCAAAACACUUCACGUGGGUAGGGAACGUUUGAGGACACCCCGUGUGGCUCAGAAACGUUCGCAGGUCCCCACACACGCGGUCAGAAACGUUUACAGGUUCCCCACACACAGUCACGAACGUUUGCAGGUCCCUUCACACGGUAAGGAACGUUUGCAGGUCUCCCCACACGGUCAGGAACGUUUGCAGGUCCUUCCCACACGGUCAUGAACGUUUGCAGGUCCCACCACACGGUCACGAACGUUUGCAGGUCCCCACGUGGCCCUGGUGGCGCGUGCAGCUCGAGGCGGCCCCACACGUCUCCACUUAGUGAUAUGGUUCACCUCUCAUUAACUCGUCGGGCCUGAACGAUCCUACCUUCGCCAUGAAAGGAUGAGAAAAAAAAUACACUUCCCUCCCUCGCCCUUUGAAUCAACUUUUUUUCCAUUCUAUUGAUAUCGUCCGAUGGAAACUACUGCUGCUAUCACUAUUAACACUACUAACUUUUUUUCUAUUUUAUUAAUAUCGUCCGAUGAAACUACUACUACUACCACUACUACUACUACAACUACUACUACUACUACUGUUAUUACGAUUGUCAAAGUCACCCCAGUCUCCAUUUUCUCUUACAAGUAUAAGUAGGUUAUUUAAACUUAUAGGAUUAUAUAAGAAAAACAAAAUACAAAACAAAGCCAGCAACAAAACCAGUCAGUCCUCUUAAAGAAAUUCCACUUCGUAACUUGAUGAUAACGAACUCACUCGCUCCUUUUGGGAAUUUUUGGAACCGAUGGGGUCAAGUACUUUAAAAAACCUUCCUGUUGAUUCCCUUCCUGUUGAUUGUGGUGUAUGUAUGUACCGCGUCUGCAUGGGUGGUUGGCCGUGUGUAGGCUGACCAACACACACACACACACACACACACACACACACACACACACACACACAUCUUGACUGUCUGUGAUUUGCCAGUCUAAAAAUCACCUCCUGUUAUCUCGUAGCCAUUUAAAUAACUAAUAACAACUCCGUGAGGUGACUUGACUCUCUCUCUCUCUCUCUCUCUCUCUCUCUCUCUCUCUCUCUCUCUCUCUCUCUCUCUCUCAAAAAUCUGUGUAUAAUGACCUUUUCUUCUAUUUAAACUCAAGACUAAGACCUUUUUUGCCCCGUAAGUUCCAAAACCAAAAAAAAAAUUCUCUAGAUCAACUUUUCUUACAAACUUUUUAACGACCGACAAAUAUUUUUUUUUCUCUCAAGCAUUUAUCGAACUCCAAUAUUCUCUGAUCAAUACAUUUUACUCUACCUCAGUUUUGCAAAAGCUCUUAAUUAACACUAAACUUUCCCACUAACUCAUUCUCUGGCACGUAUUCUCAAACAUUUCGAAGCUCACACACCUACAUUAGACAAGGCUUUCGUCGAGGUGAUUGUGGGUACUUCCAUGGGUCGUUUGAUGAGCCUAGUGAUAGUCUGACAAGGCAUUCUACACUCAUGAGAGCCCAACUGACCUCCUUCGUGGCCUUGGGAAAAUACUUGUGAGCCGAGUGUUUAAAAAUUCGCGCCUGGGAUUGAUCGACUCCGUAUCCCAGCGUGACUUCUUUGAUUGUCCAGACAGGGGAGUCACACUUGUACCCUUUUUCCUUCCCUUCUCAUCCCUUCCUUUCCCUUCUUCGUAUAAAUUAAGUGUUUCGUGAUUGUAAAGACCGAUUGUCGCCUUUCUCGUACGUAUGACCAGAGAACAUAUCGAUUCCGCUGCGAUGGUGUGUGUUGUUGUGUUAUUAAGACUUAUUAUUACACACGAGAGCCUAUUGGUUGUCUUUAUAUUCAUACAUGCAUACAUACAUUCAUAUACAUAAGUGGCUCAUGUCCUCUUAAACCUCCUCCUCCUCUUCUCCUUAUCCUCGUCCUCCUCCUCCUCCUCCUCCUCUUACUCAUCCCAUAUGCUCCGUUUUCUUCCUCCUCACCUCACACCCUCUUCGCUUCUUUAUUGCCCCCUUGUCUUUGUUCUCCUUUAAUUAGUCUGUCUUCUGUUUAUAAUCCUCUUAAUACCCUUUCGUAUCGGUUUUAUACACUUAACUCCCAUGAUCCCCUUUCGAAUCCUUUUGUAUAAUCCUGUAUCGUCUUUUAGUCUCCUCGUCUUGAUCCUCUCCUUCCCCAGCUUCGAAGACUCUGAUGAAUCCUCUUGUACCCUCUCGAAUCCUCUUCUUCUUCCGCCAGAUCCUUUCUCUCCCUCUCUCUCUCCCUCGGCUGUGGAAUCCAAUCUGACAAGAGUGAGAGCGAGAGGAAAAAAUAUAACCAAAAAAAUCACAACCAAAAAAAAAAAGAGCAGAGUGUUUUGAUUCAUGUGGAAUUGCGCGUGUUUGUUAAUGUUGCUAAUUCUCCUCCUCUUCCUCUUUGAUCGUCCCUCCUGCCCCUCCUUCCUCCUCCUCCUCCUCCCGACAUGUGUUCAAGCGUCGAUCGCCUUUCCUAAUCUCGUCGUGCCACCUGGUGAUCACCUUUUCAGUGUAAUGCUUCACAUAUAAACACCUUUCUUCCUCCUCCUACUCCUACUCCUCUUCCUUCUACUCUUCCUCCUCCUCCUUCUCCUCCUACUUAUCCUCAUACCUACUACAAGUCUAUCUCUUUCUCCUCCCUCAUACACUUCCUCAUCUUCGUCUUUCCCUCGUAAUCUACCGUUCUGAUAGAUAAACAUAUUAACAUCCUUUUUUUCUCCUCUUCCUCCUCCUCCUCCUACUUAUCCUCAUACCUACUACAAGUCUAUCUCUUUCUCCUCCCUCAUACACUUCCUCAUCUUCGUCUUUCCCUCGUAAUCUACCGUUCUGAUAGAUAAACAUAUUAACAACCUUCUUUUUUCUCCUUUUCCUCCUCCUCCUUAUCCUCAUGCCUACUACGAGUCUACCCCUUUCCCUCCCUCAUACACUUCAUCAUCUUCGUCUAUCCCUCGUAAUCUACCGUUCUGAUAGAUAAACAUAUUAACAACCUUCUUUUUUCUCCUUUUCCUCCUCCUUAUCCUCAUGCCUACUACAACCCUACCUUUUUCUCCUCCCUCAUACACUUCCUCAUCUUCGUCUAUCCCUCGUAAUCUACCGUUCUGAUAGAUAAACAUAUUAAUAACCUUCUUUUUUCUCCUUUUCCUCCUCCUCCUCCUCCUCCUCCUCCUUAUCCUCAUGCCUACUACAAGUCUACCUCUCUUUCCCUUCCCUCACACACGCCCUCAUCUUCGUCUUUCCCUCGUAAUCUACCGUUCUUAUAGAUAAACAUAUUAACAUCCUUCUUUUUUCUCCUCCUCCUCCUCCUUAUCCUCAUGCCUACUACAAGUCUACCUCUCUUUCCCUUCCCCCAUACAAGCCCUCAUCUUCGUCUUUCCCUCGUAAUCUACCGUUUUGAUGUAUAAUAUCCCCCCGAACCAGCCUGCCAAGUAUAUUCCUAAGUGUCGAAAUGAUGGAGCCGCCGAAAGUGUUUGUUGUUGUGAGCCUCGAGCGACUGAUCUACGAAUUGCGCGCGCGUCUGCAUGUUCCACGAGCCUAAUGUUUAUUUAUUUUUUGUCGCAGAAAAGUGAAAAGCUAAGAAUAAGAAGGUAAUUACACGUGAUGAAGAUGAAAGCGGUAAUUAUGUGUUUAUAAGGAAAAUCAGGGCUAGUAGUACCUUAUGAUUAUUGCAUUAAAAAAUUCGUUGGUAAAUUAACUUGAAAUGAUGGAAUUCAGCGACUUUUUUUUUCUAUUUUCAACUUCUUAUUUAUUGUAAAAGGCUCAGGUUUAUCUACUUUCCUGAUUCCUUCCUUCCUCCUCCUCCUCCUCCUCCUCCUCCUCCUCUCAGGUUCAAUGAUACUAAGCGUCUUGUAUCUUUGCAUAGGAAGAAGGAGGAGGAGGAAGAGGAAGAGGAAAACUGCCAUACUCUUUUUUUCUCCUCCUCCUCCUCCUCCUCCUCCUCGUCCUCCUCCUCCUCCAGCAGAAGAGUUACCGGGCCACCAGCACUCAUCGGUGUGUUGGUGGCGGAUUGGCUGGUCAUGAACAAGGCUUCGAAUCCCCUUUCCAGUCUUUUAUUGGUUCUGAUGCUUUAUUUCCAUCCUCAACUUUUUUUUUUUUCAGGUCGCGGGCUGAAGUCUUAGUUGUUGAUGUUAUUGAUGUUGUUAUUCUCUUAUUAUUGUUGUUGUUAUCAUCAUUAUUAUUAUUAUCAUUAUUAUUAUUGGAAGGUUAAUAUUAGGAUGUUAUUCACUAUUACACAAAAAAUUAAUGGAAUGGCGACAUUAUUUGUUUUUGCGAUCGUUUAUUUAUCUAUAUUUAUCCAUUUAUGUCAUUUAUUUAUUUUUUGCGACUGCCACAAUGAAUUUUCCACGUGAGAUAAUAAGCUGCGACCAUCCCUAACUACUACUACUACUACUACUACUACUACUACUACAGCGGCCACACAAGCAUUCCCUAGUCCCUCUCUCCCACUCUCUCUCCCUUUUUCCCUCUCCCUCCCUCCCUCUCCUUCUCUCCCUCCUUCUCUCCUCUCCCUCUCUCUCUCGAUCCGUAAUGUUACUUGUACAAUACGCAUUACACUUGUUGUAUUAUACUGUACAUAUCGGCACAACUGUUACAAUAAAUGCUCCCAUAUUUA